CAGCCAACAACGCCCUGUCUUUUCUUGGUCUCCAUUGGUAGCGUUCCUAGCACUUCGAAAUACCAAGACGGUCCAUUGAUCCUUUUCUGAGGUUGAUAUAGCAAUCAUGACUUUGCAAGCGAUCAAAUAUCGAGACGGUGUCCUCGCCAUUAUCGACCAAUUGCAACUUCCCUAUGUGGAGGAAUAUAUUGAAAUCAAAACGAGUGAGCAGGCUUGGCAUGCUAUCAAGGCUAUGCAAGUCCGCGGUGCGCCAGCUAUCGCUAUAGUAGCAGCACUUGCCCUUGCGUCUGAGCUUCACCGACUGAUUUCAAAUGAGGGGCUGUCUUCUGAUGCAGAUGAAGUUCGUGUUUUCAUUCUAGAGAAGCUGCAAUACCUGGUGAGCAGCAGGCCUACGGCUGUCAACCUAGGUGAUGCUGCGCGAAAGCUUGAGGUCGUGGUGUCUCAGAGUGCUAGCCAGCCUGGGGCGACAGGUCACGGGGUCGCCGUCUCUUUCAUAAAAGCCUCGGAGGCGAUGUUGGUAAAGGAUGUUGAAGACAACAAGCAGAUUGGGGAAAAUGGCGCCAAGUGGAUCAUGUCGAAUGCGGUGGUUGCGGGGCAGUCAGGAGCCACUGUUUUGACUCAUUGCAAUACAGGGUCUCUAGCGACAUCCGGUUACGGAACAGCCCUGGGAGUUAUCCGCAGCUUGGCAUCAAUGAAUAGUUUGCGGCAUGCGUACUGUACUGAAACAAGACCUUACAACCAAGGUUCACGGCUCACGGCAUUCGAACUGGUCCAUGAUGGUAUUCCCUCCACUCUGAUAACAGACUCUAUGUCCGCCGCACUACUUGCAGAUUCCAGGGCUGGGGUGAAUGCGAUCGUUGUCGGUGCAGAUAGAGUCGCAGCCAAUGGUGAUACUGCCAACAAAAUCGGGACGUAUGGGCUUGCUGUCCUGGCAAAAUAUCACGGUGUGAAGUUUCUUGUUGCUGCGCCACUCACCACAAUUGAUUUGUCGACCAAAUCUGGAAAUGACAUUGUGAUAGAGGAACGACCGGCUGACGAGGUUACUAAAAUCAAGGGGCCCUGCCAAGGCGAUACGUCUAAGGGCGGAAACCUGAAGACUGUGCGUAUAGCUGCAGAGGGAAUCAACGUUUGGAACCCAGCGUUUGAUAUCACACCAGCUACACUGAUUGAUGGAAUUAUAACAGAGAAGGGGGUCAUGGAAAAGACAGCAGACGGUCUAUUUCAUUUGGCGGGUUUGUUUGAGGACUGAUUGCCAACUGCCGGCUGUGGAUGCGUGUCCAUCUGGCUAAUGUCACUGUCGCUGUAGGACAUAGCCUCACCAGUAACGCAUUGGCGAAAAACCUCAUCAAUCCUAGUUUCGAGUUUACUCAGGUGCCUUUCCAGGCCCAGCGCUGCUUCCUCGCCUCUGGUUGAAUAAAGAUCAGUUAUGUGUCCGCAGGACUGCUUGAUGUGUACGAUGCUCGCACUUAGCUAUUUCUUUGAAGGCCUGUUGGGUAUCAUUAGCCGCUGGGGUUGUUUUUGGGGAUGUUGACUUGAUGCUGAACUGGGGAAUGUGACGAAAGGUUUACAAACUUAC